GUGAGCCUGCUGCCGCCACCGGAGAGGAGCGAGUCUCUCACUCCACCACAACACUGAUCAUGGCGGACGCUGGCAAGAUCGCCAAGGCUUUAGUCUGUGAAUUUUUGAACGAAGAAGAUAAGAAAUUGGGUGUAACAGCAUGCAAGAAACUCGGAGCUGGGGAGUUACCAAAGCUACCAGAAAAUGCACCUUCGUUGGUUGAUGUUAUUCAGCAUUAUCUCAAAACUUCUCCAAAUAAGCGUCGACUGAGUCUUGAUAUUCCACAGCCAAAAAAACAGCGUAAAGAUGUAUCCUCUUCUGAAGAAAGUUCAGAGGAGGAAGCAGUCAACAAGAAAUCAGCCUCUGUUAUGACAAAUGGCAAAGGUAAGACAGCUAAGGGAAUGGCAAUCAAGGGAAAAGCAACACCAGGAAAGGCUACACCAGCCAAAGCAGCACCCAGCAAGGCACCAGAGCCAAGUGCUUCAGAAGAUUCAGAGGAAGAUUCUGACGAUUCUGAACCCCCCAAGAAAAAACCUGCAGUAGCUCUUCAGUGUGUUUCAACACCCAAGAGUGCAACACUAAAGGCUGGCAAGAGUAGCAGCGAGGAUUCCAGCUCUGAGGACGAUGAAGUGCCACAAAAGUCACUAGUCAAAACAACCAAUGCAAAGGUAACCACAAAUACCUCAAAAAAAGGUACAAAAAAGUCUGCAGUAAAACCAGCAGAGAGUAGCUCUGAAGACUCCAGUUCAGAUGAGGAUGAAACAAAAAAGCCUUCAAUCAAGACCCCUGCUAUUCCUUCACAAAAGCCAGCUGCUGGACCAGUGGCAAAAGCUGCCAAGAAACCCUCAGAGUCCAGUUCUGAGGAAUCCAGUUCAGACGAUGAACCUGCUAAGCCAGUAAAAAAGGUUUCUGUUCAAUUACAGAAACCAGUACCAGCUGCCAAGAAACCUAAAGAAUCUAGUUCAGAGGAGUCAAGUUCAGAAGAUGAACCUGCAAAGCCAGUCAGUAAGAAACAAGUCCCAACUCAAACACCAGCAGCCACAAAGAAAGAAGAAUCAAGUUCUGAAGAAUCAAGCUCAGAGGAGGAACCACCAAAGCCAACUGUUAAAAAAGCUGUUGUACCUCAAAAGCCAGCAGCUGUCAAGAAAGAGGAAUCAAGUUCAGAAGAUUCAAGUUCAGAGGAGGAUGAACCUACAAAACCUAUUGCCAAAAAGCUUGCUGCAACACAAAAAUCUAUUGCUAAAAAGGCAGCAGAGUCCAGUUCAGAGGAAUCUAGUUCUGAGGAGCCUUCAAAACCAGUAAAGAAAAUGGCUGUGCCUGUUAAAAAGCCAAUGACUAAGACUGCUGCAAAGCCCAAUGAAUCCAGCUCUGAGGAAUCAAGUUCAGAGGAGGAAGAACCUCCAAAGGCAGCAGUAAAAGUUGUCAAACCUAAAAAGACAGACUCUAGUUCUGAAGAAAGUGAUAGCUCUGAUGAUGCUAUCACUAAGCCUGCAGCUAAGGGUACAAAAGUUCAAGUUAAACCCCCUGCCAAGCAGGAAAGUAGUUCUGAAGAAUCGAGUGAAGAUAGCCAUGAAGACUCUGCUAAGUCACAAGUUAAAACUGUUGCUAAAGCUCCAGGUAAACCUGCAGCUGCUAAAGAGAGCAGUUCAGAAGAUUCUAGUGAAGAGAGUUCAGAGGGCCCUGCAACCAAAGGUAAAAAUAAAGCUCCACCAAAAGUUACAAAGAAGAAAUCUAGUUCUGAAGACUCUAGUAGUGAAGACGAAGAAGAUGGGAAUGUAAAUUUAUCACUUUCCAAGACACCCAAUGGCACAGCCAGCAAGAGCCCAUUUAAUAAUUCUAUGAAUAAUUCAUGGAAUGGUUCCAUGAAUUCAACAUACACAACACCAGGUGGAACUAAAAAAAAAGAACCAUAUAGAAGAGUACGCGCUGAAGAAGUGGAAGUCGACUCCAAGUUUAACAAUUCUUUCGAAGCAAAGCGUGGUGCAAGAGGAUCAUGGGGUGAGCGCGCAUACAAAGAUCUCAAAGUGACUCGAGGGAAGGUCUUCCGGCAUGAGAAGAACAAAAAGAAGAAGGGAUCUUAUAGAGGUGGCUCAUUGGAUUUUGGCGUUAAUUCUGUUAAGUUUGACUCUGAUUAAUUAUGAGUUCAAUUUGUUUAAUGUGAUCUAAAACAUUACAGUAUUUGAAAAUUUGCUGUUUAAGAGUAAUGGUGGUAUUGAAGUGAAUGCUACAUAAUGUAAACCAGGUUUUGGGCACAUUUGUGUCUGUGAUAAAUAUAAUUGAACUAUGGGUAUAUAGCAGAGUUGUGUAAUAGAUAUGCAACUGAGGAAGGCUAUGUACAUUGCGUGCUUUUAUAGGUUGGAACUUUGGUACAGUAAUAAGACGUGGUUAUCAUUUGUGUAAGGAUGACUUUCCUUCCAGUUGCUAUGCCCCAAAAACCUCAGGGUUUACAUUUUAGAUAGUAGUGAUCCAUAAUGACUAAUUAGAGAAUAAUUGUUUUACAUAGUUUUUUUCGUUCAUAUAGGAAGUUUUAUCAAAACUUUUUGUAAAUUGUAGUGUUAAUGGCUCUUCCAGAAGGGAUGAUAAUACAAGCAAAAUAGUCAGUCUCAGUUGGUUACAUAUUAAUUGACCACAAAACCCCAGAACAGGAUAGUGUUAGGAACUUUUAAAAUUUCCUUGAAUUGAGGCAAUAUUUAAUGUUAAAAUAGCAUUAGCUUUCCUGAAUAUGCUAAAGUAGAUAAUACAAAAGUAAGAAUACAGCAAAAUGACUGGGGGUCACCAAUACAACUUCUCACACUUGCUAUGUAUGAUAGUUUGUUUUAAAUACCGUUGCAGCUGGAAACAUUCAUAUGACAUAUUUGGUGAGAUGUUAAGAAAUUAAUUGGAAUGAGCCAUGUUCUAGUACCACUGUUCACAUGACUUGAUAGACUUGUCAGUGUAUCAUUUAAUGUUAAGUACCCAUAGUGGCUGGCUGUGUGCUUGUGUACGUUUUAUUUAGACUGGAAAAGAUGUGCACUGUAUUUUUUCUUAUACAGAAUGAACAUUGUGUAUGAUUGUUAUACAGCAUGUAUGAAAGGAUUAUUGUUGAAAUACAUUAAAAAGGUAUUUUUUAA